CACUGCAUUCUUUUGCAAGCAUUUACACGGGGCUUUCGCUUCCGCCCAGUGCUGUUGAGUCUGCACGGAGAACGCCCCUCUCUAGUCGGCUAUAGAUAUAUCCUGCGUCAGCGAAGAAUUUUCGCGGAUAAUUAUGGCAAGACUUCCGGCCUACUCCCGUGUUACCUGCUCAGAUCCAUAUUGAAUGUGUGCUGGAUGUAACGAGGAGAACCCCAGGGCGAUGAGAAAUGUUGCCGGAGGAUUACUACUGGCCCUGUCUUUGUGUGCCACUGUGGUUCCUGGCGAUGCCCUGCCCUCCACCUGCCGUCCCGAGUACCGGUAUCUACCGGGUGGCCUGAUGCACACGGCCUGCAAGCCUCCCAACCCAAACUGCAUCUUCGUCUCGACGGGACUCAGCGCGGCUGAGAAAGCGGAAGUGCUCAAGGCCCACAACGACUACCGAUCGCAAGUGGCACAAGGACGACUACCCGGGUUUCCUGCGGCUACGAACAUGUACCGACUGAAAUGGGACGACGAGCUUGCACAGGUCGCCCAAGCUUUCACCAACUUGUGCGACGACAGGCACGAUAAGGAAGCGCAGCGAAGAACAUCGAAGUUUCCCAAAGUGGGUCAGAACAUCGCCUGGAAUUACGAGCCGAGGGAGACUCAAGUCGUCGACAGCGCAGGCCGCGUGAAAGAUUGGUUCGACGAGUACAAAGACUUCAAAGCGGGCAACGUCGAUCCUUUUCGUGUUGACUCUGGGCCUGUGGUCACGCAUUUUACGCAGGUAGCCUGGGCGGAAACACGGUACUUGGGCUGUGGUUACACGCACUACAAGCUUCGCGAUGACGAUGAUCCCAGGCUUCCCUUUAAAAAGCUUUUCGUCUGCCACUAUGCACCAGGUGGCAAUGUCAUUCGUAGAUACAUGUACAAGAGAGGUUCAGCCUGCAGUGCGUGUCCAGAAGGAACAACGUGUGACGCGGCCACCGGCCUAUGCUACACGCCCGGAGACUCGGACGGCUUGAGCGGGUCGGACAGUGGUGGCGGUGGCGGUUCACUGGGGGGGAUACUGGCGUUCUUCCUCCUGGGCAUAUUUGCCACUGCAGCAGUUGCAUUUGGAUUGCUUUACCUGCGCUGGGCAACUGCUGCGUCAGCCAACUCUGCUCGAGAGCCCUCCGCAGUUUAGCGAGUAAUGACACAAAUGAAAACCACACCAGGCACCUGACGCUCCUAGAGUUAGGCGUAUUCACUUUGGUGCUGCUUUUUCUGAACUGUAUUCAAAUCAUGGAAAAAUAUUUAAAUAUUGCUCGGCGCUCUGCAAUACGGUGUGUACGAGAUUCCAAGCAUGGUUCAACACUGCGAUUCUGCUCAGGAAGAGACCAGAAACUACCAUCUGCCCAAGGACUUGAUUAUAUGACUGGCGCUAAAGAUCAACGCCUAUGACAUUGACAGCUUCAUUCAAUAGGCGCAAUCACUGCAUGAUUGACUAACCCACAUCCUUCACUGAAUAAAGACUUCGCCUCAACCACGCGACGGCACAUUUCUUGUAGGUCUCACGAAAUCCGAUCAGGUGAAGUACCAAGUGAUCGACCGACUGGUAUAUCAGUUAGUCAACGUAAAAACCUUGUCCGUCGGGUAACGUUGUUCAAAAAGCUGUAUCGCAUGCUUGUGUCACGUGGUUCUUAUCAAAAAUGUUAUGCCGAGUAUUAAAAUAAUGCUCACCUUACAUUUUGGGACUAACAAAAUCACUACCGGUCCAAGAUUCCUUAUUGUACUCGCAGUAGUCAUGACAGAAAGGUACCUAGCAGACUGCCUACAAGAAACAAGCAGAACAUAUUGUGCGGAAUCUGGUGUAAACACAGCAAAUGAAGAUACAGGUUGUGCAGCUACAGUUUCA